AUGUCUACUCCUCGCGACGAUGAUUUGGUGACGCAGAGCCACGUUGCUGUCUCUGAUGCACGAGACUACUUCAAUUUGUUGCCGAACGAGGUCUUUACCCUAGUACUCGAUUUUGUUCGAGGACCUGAGAUUGAUUUCAAAAUUCUUACGGAGAUGCAUGUCAGAAAGGCCAAGAAAGACUUGCAUGAUCUAACUUUGGUGAACCGCCGCUUCAACGCACUCGCUACACCUCUCCUAAACGACGCAACAGUUGACAGAACGAUUAUGAAGGUAUUGGGUUCGGCUACUCAUCUGAAUUCUCUCAUCGUGUCUGGCAGUUUUAUUAUACAUUGCGAAAUGAUUUUGACUUUCAUCAAGCUGGCACUGGCUAGUUCUAAGUCACUUCGCCAUCUUUCUGUUCUUGACAUUGAUAGGAACACCUCGACGAGCGACAUAAUCGAAGCUCUAACAGAAUCUCCAUCGAGUAUACAAGAAUUGUUUCUUGAUGGAAUGGUCUGCUGCGAUGAGUCAAUCCCUUCGUUUGUUCCACUGCAGAACAAUGACACAGCCUCACUCCGAAAAUUGCACUUGCAUAACAUCUUCAACAACCCCGAAGCGACGAUGAAAUCUUUAUUCAAGUGGUCCGAAUCACUCGAAGAGUUGAGUCUGAGGGCGCGAGAUCAUAAAUACUUUAAGAUUGAUUUAAAAAAUCUUCUCUCACCCUACAAGGACACUCUUGUCGUGCUUUACUUGGACAUCCGCAUCGCGCCAGAUGGAAUCGAUUUUUCUUCACUUGCCGCCCUCGAGGAGCUUACUCUGAUUUAUUGGCCGCUGAUUGCUAGCACUCGCGUCGAGUUUUCCGAGGAGUUAGGACGCAGGCUCCUUGCGCCACGGAUGCGACGACUGAAUUGGCUUCUUGUUGGAGACACUAAACCAGACCUUUCUAUCAACAGUCUGACUACGUUCGAUAAGAAGUGGCUUUGUGAUUUUGGCGAGUACGCCACACAGCACUGCUCCCGAUUGCGUAUCAUUUGUACCAAGCACCACUGA